GCUUAUAUAUUCUCUUCAGUCUUCACUGCUCGCUCUACUUCUUCGUUUCCAACACUCGCUUACUUUUCCACCCAAACCCAUCUUGAUUCCCAUCUUUUUCCUGGCCGAACUCUAAACCCCAAAGCCCACGAACCCUUCUUCUUCUCUCGCAAGUCCCCAAAAACAACGGUACGAACCCAAAUCUGUUUUCAUGAUACCUCGAAACUCUCCGUAAAAGCUCGAUCUUGAUUAGGCUUGGCGCGUCAGAUCCAUGGAGAUCUCGCGCCCAAUCCAUCGCCUCGAUUUCGCCGCCAUGCCGGUAAAUUUCUCCGAGCAUAUCUCGACAACAAAGAAGAAGACGAUGAGCGCCGGAAAACCAAAGAGAAUCGAACGCAGACUCGUUCGGAUCAUCUUCACCGAUGCUGACGCCACCGAUUCGUCUUCUAGCGACGAGGAAUCUGUAAACCCUAUUCCACGAAGAGCAAAGAAGCAGGUAUACGAAAUAGCUUUCCAGGCAACCCCAGAAUCACCCCAGGCCAAUAGGCCAGUAAAGGCGGCCUCUUUACCUGAAAACAUUCAUUCGAACAGAUUCCGUGGGGUUCGCCGGCGUCCAUGGGGUAAAUGGGCGGCGGAAAUCAGAGAUUCGAAUAUAAAGAAGAGGAUUUGGCUCGGAACUUUCGAUACGGCUGAGGAAGCAGCAGCCGCUUACGACUCCGCCGCCUUGAUAAUCAAGGGAGAGAAAGCCGUCACGAACUUUCCGGCGUGGAAGGAUCCAUUGGAGAGAAUCUUCGUCGAAGCCUCCCGCCCUGUUUCAUCUCCCACCUCUGUUCUCCGCUGCGGCGACGAGCAGACUCCGUUAGAUGGUUUCUGUUACGGCGAUGUGGAUGUAUUCGGAGUUAGCGUGGAUCCGCCGUUAUUUAUGACGGAGUUUUGCAUGCCGAAGCGGCAGUACUGGGAAGUGGACUUGGGUGAUUUUAAUGCGGAGGAUUUUUCAAUGGAAGUCAUCACGUAAGGGUAAUAUUAUUUUUGGGAAAAAAAAUUUUGA